AUGAAUCGCAUGCUUUAAUCAGAAAAUUUUAAUUCAACUGUAAUAAUUUCACUACGAACCAAAUGCUACUAAAUGAUACUAAACCAUUUUACUAAUAUCAUUAGUAGAGUGCUGGCCAGGGCUGACUAUAGAUGUAUGAUUAGAUGGUUAGUUCAUAGUAUCAUAGUUCAGUUAGUUUUACCGGUUUAGCGUCAGAUGACUAUCCAUUUUGUUAACAGUGUGGAAAUUGAUAAAUAAAUAUACUAAUAUGUCAAGAACUGAAAAGAAAAUGGGUUUCAUACACUACGAUUACAUUUUUUAUGAACCAAUCAAUUUAUUUUAAUCGUGGAAGGUACAAAUGUAUCGUGUAUAUUAUUCUGGACGAAAAGAAACAGCAAAACUUGAAAACAGUUGAAAACAUUCCAUUCAAUAUUCUAAAACGAUGAAUUAGUUCAGUAAGGAAUAGUUUCUUCAGGUAUGUAUACGAAUUAUUCUUAUAUGCAUUUUCUCGUUUUUUUUUUGUUUAAAUGAACGCUUGGAUAAGAAAUAUGAAAGUGUUUUUUUUUUAAAUUUAUGUACGCAUAUAACAAAGUUUAAAUACUUCUUGCUUGUUGAUUUCUUAAUAAUGAACACAUGAUUUACUUUAUACGAUAUUACGAUUAUACUAACUACGUCCCUGAUUUUUGGGAUCAAAGUUCAACACGCCUUACCGUACUAUUUAAGAAAAUGAAUGCGUUUGAUACCUAAUGUUUAGUCAGCAGUUUUCGUAAUUAAAAUUUGGCCACAUUUAAGUGAUGUAGUUGCAUUAAAUUAGACAGUUAACCGAACUAUUAGUUGUAUAUUUUUGUAGAACCUUUUCAUUAUCAUUUCAUUAAAGACCUUAUUUAUUUAUUUAUUUAUCGAUCGUUUAUCCAUUUAAUAAUUAUUUAACGUUUAUCGAUUUAAGGAAUAUCUAAGAAUAAAAUAAAUUGUAAACAAUAGGAAAACAUUCGAUAACUUAAUUCUUGUAAUAUGGGAUUUCAAUUUGAUUUAUGAUAUUAAAUAGUUGACGACUUCCGAAAUUAAAUUGAAUCGCGAUUAUAUCAGAUCGUGUACUGUCAGUAAAUUAAAUGUUUUAUAGUUAUUUGUAUACGAUUUAAAUCAUAAAGAUGCAAUGGUUAUAUUUUCGAAAGCUCUUUGGAAAAGUAAGAAAACUAUAUUCAUCGAAUAAUCGUCGAUUCAGCAGCAAUUCCAAUGCUUUUGUAUAUGGGCAUGAUGUAGUAGCAGCAAAAAAAAAUGGACUACCAAUUGUGGCCCUAGAGUCUACAAUUAUCACUCAUGGAAUGCCUUAUCCUGAUAAUUUAAAAACAGCUAUUAAAGUUGAAAAUGCUGUUAGAACAAAAGGUGCUGUACCUGCUACUAUAGCAAUUCUAAAUGGGCAGAUACAUAUCGGUCUGAACCAGGACCAAUUGGAAACCUUGGCUGUAACAGAUUCUACGAAAACUAUUAAAUGUUCACGUAGGGACAUAUCAUCAAUUGUGAGUCAAAAGUUAAACGGAGGAACAACUGUUAGCGCAACUAUGUUAUUAGCUAAUUUAUCGGGUAUACCAAUAAUGGCAACAGGAGGUAUCGGUGGUGUUCACCGUGGAGCAGAAUUAACUUUCGACAUUAGUGCCGAUUUAAUAGAACUUGGACGUACACCUGUAGCUGUUGUUUGCUCAGGUGUCAAAUCUAUUUUAGACAUUGAGAAAACGCUAGAAUACCUAGAAACUCAGGGAGUUCCUGUAAUAAAAAUUGGCGAUACAAAUCAUUUCCCAGCAUUUUAUUGCACCGAAACAUUUCAAAAAAUAAACGUGCAGCACAAAGUUUCCAAUUCAAAAGAAGCUGCAGACAUUCUAAAAACUCAAAGAAAAUUAGGUCUUCGAACAGGAUUACUGUUUGCCGUUCCUAUUCCUAAAGCGUAUGCGUUAGAUCCGAAAGAAAUGGAAUUAGCGAUAUGCAAAGCUUUAGAAAGUGCAAAAUGUAAGGAUAUAACUGGAAAGAGUAUAACUCCAUUUUUGUUAGAGGAGUUAAAUGAAAUCACUUAUGGUCGAUCUCUUCAAGCCAACAUGGCACUCAUAGAAAAUAAUGCAAACAUGGCAGCAGAAAUAGCAAUAAAUCUUAUCGAGAAGCGUCAAAGUUUUCCUAAUAGCACAGCAUCUAAGUGUUUUCUAAAAUCAGAACAGAGGCCGGUUGUAAUUGGCGGAGCUGUGAUGGAUACCACGUUACAAGUGAAGGAGCCUGAGAUAAAAGACGAUGGUAGAACGCAUGCCGGUAUAAGUCGUGACAGUUGCGGCGGUGUCGGACAAAAUAUCGCCAACGCCUUGAUCAGCCUCGGUCUGAACACCACGAGACUAAUAUCCGUCGUCGGUAACGACCAGCCUGGGAAAGCUAUAAUUAAAAGUCUAGGAGACGGUGGUCAGACCGUCGAGCAGUUAUCAAACAAGAGCACGGCUAGGUGUACUGUAAUAAUUGACUACAAAGGUGAAUGUCGUUUUGGAAUCGGCGAAAUGGAUAUCUUGGCUGGCAUUAGUCCAAAUUUGGUUAAAAAAUAUCAGUCGCAUGUAGAAAAAGCUAGCUUUAUUGUUCUCGAUGGUAAUCUACCUCUGGAUACGAUACGAUACGUUUUAGACCUCGCAGCAUACUCAAAAAUUCCAGUUUGGUACGAACCUACAGAUGUGAGGAAGGCAACAAAAGUAUUUGAAGUGAAAGCACAGUGGCAUGAUGUUCUGCAUUUUACAUCUCCAAACAGAAAUGAGUUAAAAGUAAUUGGAAAAUAUCUUGGAAUACAAGUGCCUGAAAGUAAAUCGAUUAUGGACUUGGAAGAAGUAAAAAUAAUCGCAGAACAAGUAGCUGAAUUUGUUCCAGUAGUUAUAAGUACAUUAGGAUCACAGGGAGUAUUGGUUGUUCGUAAAGCCUCAGGAAGUAAUCCUUUUUAUGAUAAAAAUGGUAAUUUAGUUGAAAAUACUAUGAUUACUUCUCGUUUGUACCCACCCUUAUGUUACACUUCCGAAAAUCCAAAUGAAACAUUUAACGUAAGCGGCUGCGGAGACUGUCUUACUGCCGGAAUAAUUUAUGGUAUUCAUAAAAAUCUAUAUGAAACCGAUUGUCUUUCUUUAGGCUUAAAGGCUGCUGCACUUUCUUUAACAUCGUUAGAUGCGGUACCUGCUUCGCUUUCAUUGUUAUGCAGUGGUACAAAAUGUUAACAGAUAUACUAAUUAUUAAGAAAUGUUAAGAAACCUAUAUGCUAACUAUAUUUUAUUUGUACGUUAAAAAUAUUUUUUUUUUUUUUUUUUUACAUUAAUAAAUAAUUGAUAGUCAUUUUGA